GCCAAACACAAUCCUCAGGCUUCGAUUCAAUCACUUUGCCACAGAGUGCAGUUGGGACCACUUGUAUGUGUAUGAUGGAGAUUCAAUUUAUGCUCCCUUACUGGCAGCCUUUAGUGGUCUUAUUGUUCCUGAGAAAGACAGCAAUGAAACAGUACCAGAAGUUGUAGCUACUUCUGGUUAUGCUCUUCUGCAUUUCUUUAGUGAUGCUGCCUAUAAUUUAACAGGAUUUAACAUCACAUACAAUUUCAAUAUGUGUCCCAAUAAUUGCUCCGGCCGAGGAGAAUGCAGGCUCAAUAACAGCAGCAAUGCUCUUGAAUGCGAAUGUGCCAAAUACUGGAAGGGAGAAGCCUGUGAUAUUCCCUACUGCACUGAUGAUUGUGGGGCACCUGAGAGAGGGCAUUGCAACUUUAAUGAUACCAAGGCAUGUUUGUGCUCCGCGGGCUGGCAAGGUCCUGGCUGUUCAAUUCCUGUUCCUGCAAACCAGUCUUUUUGGACCCGGGAGGAAUACUCUCUUCCAAAACUUCCUCGAGCAUCUCACAAAACUGUAAUCCAUGACAAUAAAAUGUGGAUUGUUGGAGGCUAUGUCUUCAAUCAUUCCGACUCUCAGAAGGUUUUAGCGUAUGAUCUUAUUUCUGAAGAGUGGCUUCCACUGAACAACACUGUGAACUCAGUAGAGAUGAGAUAUGGUCAUUCAUUGGCAUUACAUGAGGAUGAUAUAUACAUGUAUGGUGGAAAAAUAGAUGCAACGGGGAACGUGACCAGCCAGCUGUGGGUGUUCCACAUUCCCACCCAGAGCUGGACUCAAGCGACGCCGAAAGCCAAGGAGCAGUACGCUGUAGUUGGCCACUCGGCACACAUUGUCACCCUGCAAGACGGCAACGCGGUCAUGCUCGUCAUCUUUGGGCACUGCCCUCUUUACGGGUAUAUCAGCAAUGUCCAGGAAUACAACCUGGCCACAAAUACAUGGAACAUUCUCCAGACGAGCGGAGCUUUGGUACAAGGAGGAUAUGGUCACAGUAGUGUCUAUGAUCCAAAUACAAGAUCAGUUUAUAUCCAUGGAGGUUACAAAGCAUUCAGUGCCAACAAAUACAGGCUAGCAGAUGACUUGUACAAAUACGAAGUUGAUUCCCGUAUGUGGACUGUUCUUAAAGACAGUAGAUUUUUUCGCUAUUUGCACACGGCUGUGAUAAUGAGUGGAACCAUGCUGGUGUUUGGAGGAAACACGCACAACGACACCUCCAUGAGCCACGGUGCAAAGUGCUUUUCUUCAGAUUUUAUGGCGUAUGAUAUCGGUAAGUUCUUGCAGAAAUAAUAAUAGAAAAAUUCUUGGAUAUUCAAAAAGAACUGACUUCAGAAUGACUAAUUUACAUGCUGGGUAUAUGAUACCAAAUGCUACUAAGCAUACUGCAGAAGAAUGUGUAAUCAGGAGAGGCUCAUUUAGUUUGCUACACAUUACCAAGUAAAUGAGCUGGUGCAGUGAUUUCUAGGCAAAUACGGCAGCAGUUAUUUGGGCAACAGUUUAUACACAACCUUGGGCAUUAAAAAUUAUUUCUUAAACAG